GUAGUAGCAGAUUUCGACUUUACAUUGACGUUGCGGCGUGGAGAUAACGGCGAACAAGGAUGUUUAACACACGAGGUGUUCGACGUGAACAAAGAAGUCAAAGGCACAGGAUGCACCCUUGGAAUUCUGCAGCAAAAAAUGAACGACAAUUACGAAACGGUACUGUCGAAUUGUACAACAGAUGACGAGCGUGCAUUUGUGCAAACUGGGUGGAAAAGUAUGUGCCAAUUUCUUCAUUUACUUGAAGAGCAAUCUAUACCACUGUUAAUCUUUUCUGCUGGUAUAACUGACAUAAUUGAGGAGGCUAUCCGGCAGUUAUUAGGAUAUUUUCCGAACAAUAUCACAGUUGCAGCAAACAAAAUGCAUUUUGAUGAGAUCGGUUACGUUACCGGUUUCACGUGUCCGCCUGUGCAUGGGCUAAGCAAAACUAUGGCCCAUUUACGUGAUCUCAUUCAUGGGGUAGAUAGGAUGUAUUCGAGACGAAAUAAUGUGAUAGUAAUAGGUGAUAGUGAAUCAGAUGCUUUUAUGGUGGAUGGAUGGCAGGAAAAGAAGGUGCUAAAAGUUGGACUGUCCGAGGAAGAGGUUGGUGUUUGA